AUGCAGUCCAUCAGAGACAUGAAGUCCAACUUUAGUACUCCGUCGUCGUCUAUUCCCGGUGGUACCGAUGCUUAUCGCCAAGGCAACAUCAAGAUGACUCUGGAGAACCCAGAACUCUGGAAGUCCUUCCAUGAAAUAGGAACAGAGAUGAUUAUCACUAAACCAGGCAGGAGAAUGUUUCCACACUGUAAAAUCAACCUUUCUGGACUAAUUCCAUGUUCCAAGUACAUCUUGUUGGUUGACAUGGUACCUGUGGAUGGUUUCAGGUAUAAGUGGAAUAAGGAGAAAUGGGAAGUGACUGGGAAGGCGGAGCCGCAGCCUCCUUGUCGUACGUACCUGCACCCAGACUCUCCGGCCCCUGGGAGCCACUGGAUGAAACAGUCAGUGUCCUUCCUCAAGCUCAAGCUCACCAACAACACUCUGGACCAACAUGGCCAUAUCAUUUUGCAUUCCAUGCACUGCUAUCAGCCGCGCUUCCACAUUGUCCAGGCAGACGACAUGUACAGUGUAUGCUGGAGUGUCUUCCAGACCUUCACCUUCUCUGAGACCACCUUCACCUCGGUCACCGCUUACCAGAACACUAAGAUAACAAAGCUGAAGAUUGACCACAACCCAUUUGCGAAAGGCUUCCGAGACGAAGGAACUAAUACAAAAAAGCAUGCUAACAGAAUCCCAGCCUCAACAGAGAAAAAAACAAAGGAGAUGGAUUGUCUAAGCAAAGACUCAUAUGAGGACAGCCCUUCAAGCUUACACAUGUCAUCAUAUGAGGGAUACGAAGGAGAGCGGGCAGAACUCACUGAGAGAAAAGAGGAGGAAGUGGUGAAAGAGGAGCACUACUCCCCUUGGGGGCCUGAGAGGGAGCAUGGACACCACGGCCAGACAGACACACCCCCUGGACCCGGCAUCAGGGACAUGUACAAUGCAGAGCAGCUAGUACCAGACCCAGCUUCAUACCAACCAAACAGGUUCCAUAAAUACGGGAGGUCUCCAUCUCCCUCCUCCAACCUGGGCAGCAGCAAUGGCGGUUCUGGACAGGCCAGCUUUGCGUCCAGAGUCCCUGAUGUAGCCACAGUCCCAGAGCAUGAGGCCCCCAAGCCCUCUGUUCAUGAGAUUAGACCAUCUCCCUGUGGCCCGCAGCCCCUUGCAGGACAUCAUCCGGACUACACAGGUGUGCUCAACAUGGCCCAAGCAGGCAAGCCAGGGGUCCUCAGCCACCACAUCUACAGCCCUUAUGGCACAGAGCAGACCCUGGGCCAGUGGAGCGGCCCCAGCCAUACCCAGUACCCUCCCCCUCACCACCUGCCCACUGACUACAGUACCCCGGCUGUGCACCACGGAUCUCACCAUGGCAACGUGGCUGAGUGGAGCCAGUACCCACUCUUCUCCUACUCAUGCUGGUGAACCAUUUCCUCACAAUUUCUCCCAAAAGAGAAGGACUGCAGUCUCACAGGUGACUCAGUGAGACCUCAUAAAUGCUACUAUGCUGUCAUACCUGUGUUUCCCCUAGAGGUCUGUCCCAAGUCCAGCAUCACACCCAGAGCUCAUGGCCAUGCUACUGCAUGCUGAGGCUGAGGGAGAAGGACCUGUGUCUGAAGAAACAUCAGCAAGCAAAAAUUAUAAUGGAGUGGAACAGAGACAAUAUGCUUUAGAAUGACUACCAGAGUAGUGCUGUUGACUCGUCUGAAAUCACAGCUGGCUUUAGGCCUGAAAAAUGAAUAUGUUCCUACCCAAUUAUAUGUUUAUUGUUGAAUUGUCUAUUUAUUUAGUUUUGAUUUCAUUUAUUCAAAUGUUUUUGUC